AUGAUAUCUGGUACUGCGGCUAUUUUUCCAGAAGCCAAAUUAAUAUUUUGGCUAAAAUGGGGUGUUUUUCUCAUCAUUCUGUUUCGUUUAGUAGCUAAUUUAUUUUUUUUUGAAUAUAAUAAUGCAAUUCGGUUGAUUCUAUAUCCUUCUACUCUUACUUCCAGUUUCUAUUUUAACACUGAUUUAAAAUUAUUGAAGAAUGAUACUAUCCGAAGCAUUAAAGACAUCUCUCAAAAAGUGUUUACAGAGUGUAUUGAAAAUCAUUUAAAUCUGGUAAACAAUAGUUCAACUGCUACAAAUUACCAUGUUAAAGAGAGUUUUAAUAAAAAUAAUAUUUAUAAUAUUAUUGGGAUUUGUUUUCUUCAAUCAAAAGGAGUUACAACAGAUAUGAUGAAAAAUACCUCUUCAAAUCCAACAAAAACAAAAAAAUUUAAACUUCUUAUGUUUUGUAUGCUAUUUGCAUCAAUUCUUCCACUUUUGGAAUAUAUCUACUUUAAAAUAACAAAAAUUAAAAAUGAAGUAAGCUUCAAGAAGGAAAUAAAGCAGAAAAAAGAAGAUAAGUCUCAGCUUCAAAUGGAAUCAACUAGUAGAAAUGUUGAGUUAGAUGGAAUUUUUAAAGAGCCUGAUUUAUCCAAAAUAAAAACUGUAAUUGAUACACAAAACGAAAGGGAAACAGAAAACUUGCCACAAAAUCUAAAGAAGCAAAAUAUUGGUCUAGAAUCAACUAAUAGUAAAAAACAUGUAAAAACUUUCAAAGAUAAAAGUAUUAAUUCCAAAUCAGAACUUAACUUCUCACUUGCCUCGGAUAAUAGACAACGAUCAAAUGAAAAUUCAGUAUUUAAUAUAACACAAUCAAUUCCACCUCAACAUUUUCUUCCAAGUAAUUUUGUAUCAAAAAUGAGUAAUUUAUCUACUUCAUCUAAGCCAACUAUGGUUGCUGAAAAAAAACAAUUAGUUAAUCCAUUUUUAAGUAAAGUGAAUCCUCCAGCUGGCUUGACAAAUUCAAAAAAAGAAAAAAAGAUAAAAUAUUCUUAUCAAGAAUUAUUUAAAAUACAAGCUAUAGUUUCUGUAAAUACAAGUGAGAAAAAGAAUAAUGAAUUAAAAACUAAGUAUUAUGAUCAAAUUUUUGAUGGCUCUCAGAGUAAAUUUGAUUUUGAGACAUUUUAUAAUGAAUGCAUUAAAGGAAAAGUCGAAUAUAUCUCAAUAAAUGAAGAUUCUAGUUUGUAUUUUCAAGGCGAUAGCAAUAACAAUAAUUAUGUUUCAGAUAAUACUACUUCAAAAAAUGAGAUGGGCGGUAAUUCUUUUAAUAGGAACACCAGUAGUCAAAUAAAAAACCCAAGUCCGAUAGAUCAGCCCCAAUAUUCGAGACCGGGACAGUUUAACAAAGACUUAGAUUUAGAACCUGACAAAUUUCAAAAUACUGAAAAUAUUCAAUGCUCAAAUUUCUCUGUUCAUCCAAAUAUAGUAGAGAAUCCUAGUAACAUUUUGUCUCCUAAUAAGACAGAAGGUGAAGUACCAUCAACUUACACCAUGCAAGAAAAAACUGAAAUAUUAUGUUAUGAGGAUAAUCAUAUUAACAACAACCAAAGUGUGAAUAAUACUACCUCUGUAAGACUCGAUUUUGAAAAAGCUCCUGAACGAGAUUCUUCGUCAAAAAAAGAUAUUUCAUUUGAACCUUUAUGUAGCGUUAAUAAAACAACUCAUCAAGUUUAUUCUGAAAAAAGUCUAAACCCUGGAUACCAGAGUAACAUUCAAGGUAAUUUGUCUAACAAGAACAGUGUAGCUCAAGAGAUGCCACAAACAGAAUUAGAUGAUAGAUCAAAUGAUAAAAUUAACAAAGAAAAAAAAUAUAUCGUAGGUAUAAAGCCCAAACAGCAAAAACCUUUAAUUUCCUAUGCAGAUAUUUAUAAAAAUGAUCAAAUGACAAACUUUAAUUCAAAAUUGGUGAAAGAAGGAGGUACAAGUGAUUCAAAACCAAUUGAUAAUGAACAACUAGAACUCGUUGAAGAAAAAACAGGUAAAAAUGUUGCAUACGAUGAACAAAAUUAUUUUGAACAUGGAACUAGUAAUUAUACUGUUAUAAAUAGUACAGGAAAAAAUGAGGUAGAAGCAAAUUCAAUCAUCGAAGACUUAAAUUCUCAAAAUAUAACAAGUGAUGAAAAAAAAAAACAAACUGAGAAGAGAAUAGAGGGAGAAGUUAUCAGCUCUUAUCAAAAUUUAAAUUGUCAAAAAAAUGAAAUAAAACCAAGAUUCGAAGUUUAUGUCCCCAGAAAAGAUUUUGGGAACUCAUUUGACUUAACUUCUGAAACAGGAAGACUACAGUUUAAAGAAUAUAUUAGAGCAAAAAAAGCCAAAAAUAUGAAAGAAAAUCCUGUAUUUGCUCCGUCAAUUAAACAUGUAAAACAAACUCAAGAUAAACAAAAAUUAUUUGAAAAUGGGAAUUCAGAAAUUCCGUUUUUAAAUUAUCCAUUAUACAUUUCAACCAAACAAGAAUUUAGUGAGCCAGCUGAAAAACCACCAAAAAAAGUAUUUAUCAAAAAUGUUGGCUGGGUAUCUAAAUCAAAAGCUAAUGAGCUACUACAGAAUGAUAAUGAAACGAUAUAA